AUGAUUUCGGCCCCCGAGGCCGCUAGGAUCUACCACACCAACUACGUCAGGAACGCCAGAGCCAUCGGAGUCCUGUGGCAGGUGUUGACGACGGUGUUUGCUAUAAUCGACAUGGUGGUCUUCAUCCAGCCAUACUGGAUUGGGGACAGCGUCAACACACCGCAGGCCGGAUACUUCGGUCUCUUCCACUACUGCAUCGGGAACGCACUCACUGGGGAGCUGACAUGCAAGGGUAGUGCUCUUGAUUUUGGCUCGAUCCCGUCGGGGGCGUUCAAGACGGCCAUGUUCUUCGUGGGCAUCUCCAUGCUGCUGGUGGUCGGCUGCAUCGUCUGCUUCAGUCUCUUCUUCUUCUGCAACUCGGGAAGCGUCUACAAGAUCUGCGCCUGGAUGCAGAUGGCCUCAUGCGGCUGCAUGGUGAUUGGCUGUCUGAUCUAUCCUGACGGCUGGGACUCGUCGGAGGUGAAGCGCAUGUGUGGCCAGCGUACGGAUAAGUAUAAGCUGGGCAACUGCACGGUGCGCUGGGCCUUCAUCCUGGCCAUCAUCUCCAUCUGCGACUCCCUCAUGCUCGCGUUCCUCGCCUUCGUACUCGGGAACCGCCAGGACCAGCUGCUGCCCGAGGACUUCGAGGACAAGGGUGAGGAGAGGAACCUUUUAGUACUGAGGAGGAACCUUUAG